UUAGCUCAUACGACGGAACGUACGUCGUCUGUUUAAGGACAAGGUUAUGAAACGAAGGGCACACGAGAGCAACACGCUGACGCACGGAAGCAGAGCCAAAGCAAGACAACCAAAGCUUGAAAAUGUCGACCAUGGCCGCGGCUAGCUGCGAGACAGCUCCUGCAGUGGAAGGAACGGAAGAAAAGAAACCUCUGAAGCCGUGCUGUGCGUGUCCUGAGACCAAGAAGGCCAGAGAUGCUUGCAUCAUCGAGAAGGGGGAAGAAAACUGCACACAUCUCAUCGAGGCACACAAAGACUGUAUGAGGGCGCUUGGGUUUAAGAUCUGAUCACGGUGAAUUAUGAUACUGGAGUGUGUGUGUGUCAUGGCUGGCUGAUGUCUCAAGGGAGCCUGGGACAUUCCUCAGUUUUAUUUAAACCAGAGUCUCAAGGGAAUGGAUGUUACUUAAAUAUUAUGGCAGUUAUUGUGUUGUUUUGGUUUUUUUUUUUUUUUUAAAUCAAAGUGUAUUUCUGAAUUCUUGUUUUCUCACAAUUCCUGGGAAAUUUUCUCAACAAAACCAUCAUGUUCCACUGAUUGGAAUGAAAUAAAAAUCCUAUGCAAUGUG